CAUUCAUUUGGUCUGACUCAAAAAACAUAAUAGACCGCAAAGGGUUUCUUCUGAAAUCUCAUCCCUUUCCAACUCUCUCUCACAUAAGUUCACCGUCUCCAUAACCAAAGACCAUGGUGAUGACGAUGACGAUGAUGAUACUUCCGAUCGUUGAAAUCUAGAGACACACAGUACCAAACAGUUUGUGUUUCUGGGAUGUUGUUUUUCUUCCUUUGGCCUCUUGGGGUUGGUUUAAUCUUGAAGGGUUUCUGGUGGGUGUUUGGUGGGCUCUUCUUCUUUCUUCUUAAUUAAUUCUCAAGUCUGCCAUCCAUGGAUUUGUCACCAAGAUCAUUAUGACCCCUAAGAAGGAAGUAUUAGUCUGAUUCCCCCUCAAUUUUAGAGACUAAACAAGGAAAAUACAGAGCAGAGCAGCAAGCUAGCUCUCAGAAUUCAGAUAAUGGCUACAUAUUAUUCAACAAUCAGCAGCAAUCCAACGGACAACUUGCAGGCACCAACUUCAUCAUCAUGUCAAUUAGAAACCAAUCUCCCCAAUAAUUCCCACCUCAACACCAUCUCCAUCUCUUCAUACUCGGACAUCCUCUCCGGAGCCACCACCUCUCUAUCUCCCCACCAUCAUCACGCCAAUGAAUUCUCAACCUCACAAUUCGGGACAGCACGCAACAACGAGAUGAUGUUCAUCCCGCCCAUAAGCAGCGAGGCCCCGUCGCCAGAUUUGCAUCCACACGAUGUGGAUGCAAAUCUAGCUGCCGCAGAGGACCACCAACAGGCAGGGUUCAAUUUCCAAGGUGGGCUCUCUCUGAGCCUCGGCACCCAGAUGGGAGGUGUCGAGGCUCCAUCGUUUCAUCACUAUCAGUACUCCGUCUCAGAGCCCGAAGAGGAGCUCAUUCUGCCUGCUUCGUUGGUUAAAUGGAACAACCACAACAACCAUGGAGGAGGAGGGGAUGUGAUCAAGAUGGAAGGUGGUCCGAUGAACAAUCCUACCGAUCAUUUCUUGCAGGGGAGUGAGAGUAACAAUGCUGUUGAAGUGUAUGAGACGUUCGGGUAUGCGAAUGUUUCGCUGUUCAAUUCGAGGUACCUCAACGCGACACAUGAGUUGCUGGACGAGGUUGUUAAUGUGAAGUAUGCCCUCGCGGCGAGUGGUGAAGGGAACAAAUGCUCGGAUGGUAAAGAGGGCAACGAACGGGUUGCAUCGGUUGAGUCCGGUGGUGGCAACUCGUCCUCGACCGAGUUGUCACCAUCCGAAAAACAGGACUUGCAGAGUAAAAAGAGCAAGCUUGUGUCCAUGAUCGAUGAGGUGGACAGGAGGUACAAGCAGUACUACCACCAAAUGCAAGCUCUGGUCACAUCCCUGGAUAUGGUCGCCGGCAACGGCGUAGCUAAAUCGUACACAGCUCUCGCGCUGCAGACGAUCUCCCGGCGGUUUCGCAGCCUCCGGGAUGCAAUCGGCAGCCAAUUAGACGCAAUCAGGAGGAAGCUAGGCGACCCAGAAGCAGCAGCAUCCCGCUGCAUCCCGCGUCUUCGGUACGUGGAGCAGCAGCGAGCGCUUCAGCAGCUCGGCGUCAUGCGCCACGCUUGGCGGCCUCAGAGGGGCCUCCCUGAGAACUCCGUCACAGUUCUCAGGGCUUGGCUCUUCGAGCACUUCCUCCACCCGUAUCCAAAUGAUGCAGAGAAGCUGAUGCUAGCAAAGCAGACAGGGUUGAGUAGAAACCAGGUGGCCAACUGGUUCAUAAACGCCAGAGUGCGGCUAUGGAAGCCGAUGGUGGAGGAAAUGUACAAAGAAGAGUGCGGCGGGUUCGGCGACUCAGACGCCAACUCCAAGUCGUCAAACGACGAAGCAAGCAGAAUCCACGGCGGUGCCACCCUCGAUCAAAAUCAAUACCAGCGACACGAUCAUCAUCAUCAUCAUCAUCUAGUAGUCGAUGAACACGAUCUCCAAGACACCGCGGUGACCUCAUCGCCAUCAUUAGCCGCCGAUCACCACCACUUCCUCGAUCAUAACUCCAAUUCAAUGAUCAGUUUCCACCAGGAGACGAUGCAGCCACAAUCGCGACCGGAGAUCGACCACGACCAGGACCAGGGGCUACGACAUUAUGUGGUGGCGGAACAGAGUACUCUGCCUCUCAACCUAAAUGCAGGGGAUGGCAGCUUGAUGUCCGCGGCGGUCCAAUACGGCGGCGUUUCGGAGAUGAACGCCGGACUACUUCCUGCUACAUUAGGAGGAACCCACCACCGCCAUGUAUCUCUGGCGUUGGGAUUGCAGCACAAUGGAACCUACGGCAGCGACGGUGGUGGUGAGAUGGUGGAUUACCAUAAUUGCUUGGAUGGCAAGGCACAGGAGCAACAUCACAGGUUUGGGAGCACGGUACAUCUGUUGCAUGAUUUUGUAGUGUCUAAGAACCCUUGCUUCUAGGUCAAGGUAACGCAAGUUAUCAGGAGAAUUGAAGGGAGGUUGGUUGAUGGUUUUAUAUUUCUUCGUUUUUUUUUCUUUUGCUGCAAAGGGAGUUUUCUGUACAUACAUGUAAUGGUGGUGAUAUAAUAUGUUAAUGUCUCUUUCUUUCCCACCACGACUUGUAACAUAUAGGAAUUAGAUUGGCGGAAGAGUAUUGCAAUCGGGUAUACUUGUAAAGGUAGGAACAGAGGGAGAAAUGUAGAACAGGGGGCUUUGUAUACUUUCUGUUGUUGAAUAAGGAAAGUUUGGUAUACAUAUUGGUGACGAUUUCAAGGUAUUUUUCGACACAUUGAGGUCAUCGCACUAGUAGAACGACUUAAUGAUACCAACAUAGUAUUGUAACUUCACGAUGUCACAUUCGAG